GUUUCCUUACAUACACUACUGGUAAAGAGACGCAUUAAAUGUAUUAGCAAACAGCAAACCGAUCUCAUAAUACGGUGUGGACGAUGGUUCUCUGAGAACUAGUUUUCAUUUUGCAUUUAGAUAGAUUAUCAUUGCCGUUUACAGGAAAACAUUACUCCCAAAUGGGCAAAGGGUAUGGCUAUUGUUUCCGCUCUAUGUACUGUUUGUGACGCAGGACGGGUGGGGCAGUUAAUUUCAAUAGCUCGUUACAUUUCGUUCGCAUGCUCAUGUAGCAACCCCCAUUCAAUAAGCAAUCAACAGUGCAACUAUUUCGAUAUAUUUUUUUUAUUAUUCAUCAUAUAGCGUUAUUUUAACCACAGUGCGUUGCAAAGGGGACGUAUUCCACCUGAUAAAUGGCACGUGGAAAGUCCACCCGACAUGGUUUAACCCAAUGACUCGUGAAAUGUUUCAAAAGCAAGCGGAAGGAAUAUUAUAAACCGGAAACCCAAAAAUGCAACAGACACACAUUAGUACUUUGCAAUUAUCUAUUCUGCAGUGUUCUAUGCCUUAAUUAACUAUUAAGUUUGACGUAUACAGCCGACGAUGUGUUAAGAACGGGUUAGAAUAGAGUUUUGGUGGUUUGCAUAGUAUGGUCCAGGUUUGUCAACUCAUUUUCCACAUCACCGCAGUAGUAGAAAUUAGUAGAAAUAGUAGUAGUGCUACCAUCUGGAACGCGAUGAACGAACGUUUUCUUCCUUUACCUAUAUAGAGCACCUUUCCACUAUUUAUAGAACGUUGAACUGGCUAUAGUUGCGUAGUAAUAAUGAGCAGAUCAAAUAAUGGUACUAGUUAUUGCGUUAUUGUUUCUCAAUUACGCGUCCCAAUCAUGGCGAGUGUACCAUGGAUACGGUAAUGGCUGCCGGGUGAUUAUGCUCCUGAAAACGGGCCGAUCGAGCGUUCGGAGUUGAAACAUAUGGCGUCUUUCAGUUGGAUCGUGCUUGAGCUUUCGUUUGUUGAAUGUUCUUGACUCAUAGUAAGAUGUGUGCGGCGGAGGUUUUCGUUUUCAGAUACACACUUCUCACAUCCUGCUUCCGUUAGUCAAAUGUAUCGGAAGCGUCCGGUUUUCGGUCAAACCGAAAACCGACCAACGUUUACUGCCGAUUGCUAUUAAUGUUGUAUUUCUUUUUCUUCUUCUUGCAAAGCAACUCUAUCUAGUGUACUUACAAGUGGCUGUUAAAGCCGGAGGACGGGGCACAGCUAAGAAGCAUUACUAUAAACAAUAAUAGAUACGAUGAAUGGCGAUCGUUGCGCGGUCAUGAGGUCACCAACGCUGCUAGUUGGUGUUUCAUAUUCAAACAGAAAAAUGCAGAAACAAAGCUCAGAAACCGCAUAUUGAGUGUAAUGAAUGAGAAUCAUUGGAAUUACCACACUAGCAGUGCGAAAAGAGAUCCAUCCCCCCCUCACCUACCCUCCUUUGCCACCGAAGAAUGAGAGCUAUAGGCCUAGCCGUAACGGGAAGGGUGUAAGGAACAUGAUUUAUUUUUCGAAUUUCGAUUUGUACAUUUAAGUAAGCAAAACUGAUGCAGCGUCAAACCGAGAUAGAGUGCGAGGGGCGCUUGGGAAGACGCUGCGGCUCCAGCUCUAGCGCCGUGCCAUGUCGUCUCGGUUUUGCACGCUCGUCACAUUGGAACACAACACUCGCCAUAUUUGUAAAUACGUGUAAAGAAUGAAAAGAAAAUGUGUUCUGAAAGCCAGCCUCUAGGAGCAACCAUCAGCAGCAACAGGUGCGGAUCCAAGAACACCCGAUCCAUGUCGGUGGAGGCAGCUGAGUUCCGCCGGUCAGUUUUUCUUCUCUUGUGUACCUUACAAUGCGUGACCAAGGGUCACGAUACUCUUGAGAAGCGCAUCUACCCGUAGGGUAAGGCCAGUGUAAUAGGCAAGCCUUCUUUAUGGGUAAACUUGGCUUUCGUGUUGCGUAUGACAGUAGCCGUACGGAAAUAAGAACCCUAGAGAUCACAUGUUUCCGAAGGUGUUCCGAGCGGUUUACAUCGAACACAAAUCAAACCAGCCCUCUGACCGGUGCAGAGUAGCAGAAAAGGGAGGAAGGAACCUUUCUAACCUAUUUGUAUGAUGCGGAGAUACCUGAUAGGCAAAAGGGCGGUACGAUCGUUUGUGGUCGAUUGAGAAUGCCCGAAGAGAAGAUCGACAACGGCAGCAGUUCGAUAGUAAUCUUGAUAAACCAUUGUGGCAACAACACCAUUUGAGUAAACGUUUCGAUGACCGUCUGGAACACCAGAUCCAUCUUUCGCACUACGUAGCAAGUAGCGAUAAUCAGGAGCGAACGGGUGUGUGUGUGGGGGCUGAUUUGGAAAUCUUAAUAACAAAUAAUCAUUCCUAUGAAAAAUCAGUGCAUUCCGGCACAAGGGCGAGUUGGGCACUAUGGUUGUAGUAUUAAGCAAAACCCUAACUAAGGAUGAAUGGACGGCGGGUCGCAUUAAGCAUCUCACGGCCAAGGAAGCACACUUUGGAAAGAAUCGAAAAGCAAACUUUGUAAAACAUGAGGAUCUGCAGUAUGUUGAUGCAUUUUUUGUAAAUACUACAAUGAUAUAUUGGUAAAUGA